AUGGUACGGCCCACAGCCACAGAACUGAAGAACCGCACAGAACUCGCUGCAACAAACCGCGGCCCCGCCCACAGCGGGAUCCCUCCGCUGAUUGGCCGAUAUCGCGCACAGACCACACCCAUACGCCCAAUCAGAGACGAGCAGAAAGAGCUAGACGAGAUCAUAGCCAAGAGACAGAAGAGAGGCAAGAAUGAAGAAGAGGCUCCAGCGGAGGAGAAGACCGUCCUGCACCUUAAAGAUGCAUACGAUUAUCAGGGCCGCUCGUACCUGCACGUUCCUCAGGACGUGGGCAUCAACCUGCGCUCAGCAGACGUCCCGGAGAAAUGCUACCUGCCCAAAAAACAGCUGCACGUUUGGACCGGACACACCAAGGGCGUCAGCGCCAUCCGUCUGUUCCCGGUGUCUGCUCAUCUCCUGCUCUCCUGCUCCAUGGACUGUAAGAUCAAGUUGUGGGAGGUUUAUAAUGACAGGAGAUGUGCGCGGACGUUUAUUGGUCACAGUAAAGCCGUGCGUGACGUUUGCUUCAACAACACUGGCACACAGUUCCUGAGCGCCGCCUACGACAGAUAUCUCAAACUCUGGGACUCAGAGACGGGUCAGUGCAUCGCCCGCUUCACCAACAGGAAGGUUCCCUACUGCGUGAAGUUCAACCCGGAUGAGGACAAACAGAGCCUGUUUGUUGCUGGGAUGUCGGACAAGAAGAUCGUCCAGGUACCAAACCGAGAGCCGAGUGUCAGUGUCUACGUUUACAUGGAUAUUCCUGUGGACUUCAAGUACAUCGCUGAGCCCAGUAUGCACUCGAUGCCUGCGGUCACGCUCUCGCCCAACGGUAAGUGGCUGGCCUGUCAGUCCAUGGACAAUCAGAUCCUGAUCUUCGGAGCGCAGAACAGAUUCCGGCUCAACAAGAAGAAGAUCUUCAAGGGUCACAUGGUGGCGGGAUACGCCUGUCAGGUGGACUUCUCUCCGGACAUGAGUUACGUGGUCUCCGGAGACGCUGACGGGAAGCUGAAUAUCUGGGACUGGAAGACGACGAAGCUCUAUCAUCGGAUCAAGGCGCAUGACAAGGUGUGCAUCAGCGCGCUCUGGCAUCCUCACGAGACGUCGAAGGUGAUCACCUGCGGCUGGGACGGACAGAUCAAGCUCUGGGACUGACCUGAACCUCAGCUUUUAACACUGAUGUGAGAGGAUUAUUAUUAUUACAGGGCUGGUAUCCAGUUAUAAACACACACACACACAACAGAGACUUCAGCGCAUGCGUUUUGUGUUAUGAUGAAUGAACCUGUAUCUCCAGUGUCUCGCAUUUCUGUCUUUUUGCGGAUAAUAAAUGUCUCUUGUUUAUUUCUGCGGCCGGUGA